GAGGGAGAUGCAGGGUCAGUGAAAUAAUAGUAGGCUGUAAUAGGAGGAAGGAGUGAACGACUCGGCCUCAUGUGUGCGCGCGAAGAAGCUGUUGUUAAUAAGUGACGCGUGUGCGGCAGCUGGUUUUACAUUUUUUGCCCCGCACCCGAUUCUCGGGGUUCGAGCGACGAAAGAUCGGCCACCCCCUCCCCCGCUGCUACUUUCUCCGUCUCUGCUGCAUUUUCAAGUGUUCCAUAACUGAUUUUCAAAGAGGUGCCGAUCGUUCGAUAUAAUCGAUUUUUUAAAAGAAUCAAACGAAUACCAUGGGACAAGUCGAAACGUCGUCCUUCGUAAAAGUAACGAAACGACCAUUGAUCUCUGAUGUCUUCUUGAAAGAAAAAAACUGCAGAGACAUUUGAUGAAAUUUUAGUAUCGGAUUCCCUCGAGGGAGCGAACGAUGAUCGUUCUAGGAUCAGUGAAACAACAAACGAGGACGGUUCAUCAGCCUCGAAGAUAAUCGUUCGUAGAAUCUAGCGAAACGGACAAAAAAGCCCAGUGGAAGACGAAUUCGAAAGGGAAAGGGGGACGACGAGCGUACGCGCAGAUGUGCCACCCUGAAACCGAUCAAGUCGAGGCAAGUGCACGGACGAUGCACAAGUGCCGGAGGAUCUUCUCUUCUUCUUCUUCUUCUUCUUCUUCGUUCGGCAUAUCCCGAGGGGAACGAAGAAGCGCGGCCACGCGAGUGGGCGGCGCGUACCCUUCUCGAAAGCUUCUUCCCUUGCUUCGAAAACAAGGGUAGAGGGGAUCUUUUGAUGCUGGAAGAACGCUUCUACUGAUGUCUUGUCCUGACGCGGCUGAUAGUCGUCGGGAAGACGCGGGAAGCCGAGUUACCUUCUCCGUGACACGCGCUUGUCUUUUCUGUCACCCUUCCAAUUUGCUCGAUUAAGUCGCGAUUAAAAUCGCGUAAGACCGACACUCGUGUGACAUCGCUGAAUGAUAAGCUUAUCACCGCGAAACGAACGAGGAGCCGUGGAAGAGAUCUUUUGCGGUGGAAUUCGAUCGCGGACUUUGAUCGGUGAACGCAUCUCGUAAGUGUACAGUGAGAGAUCGACGCUGUCUUACUGGAUACAAGAGUCGAUGCUAUCGCGGACCAGUGAUCUCGUUGAUAGUGAUUUAAACCAGUUGUGAUCGAAUAUGGAGGAAGAAUAUUCAUAUUAAAAAUCGGUGACCAGGAUGCACCUUGAAGAUUACCACGUGAACAGGAGCGAGGAGAACGUGCAACGAGCAGUGUCGAAGAGCGUCAAACAGGACGCCUUCAGUUCUUCGCAUUUGGCGCCUCUCAAUGCCAUUACCAAUGGCCAGCAGCAACCCUACUGGGUUUCACACGCGGAUAGCGUUUCAUCUCCGGUUUUACCGAACGAUUCCAGUCCCAGGGAAUGCUCGGACUGGGAACAACUGACGACCGUCUUCCAGUAUCCUUGCCAGUAUUCGACGGACGGAUCGCCGGGAAGCACCAGCAGCGAGGCGACCACGCCGACUUGGAACAAUGUCGUUUUCAGCGAGUCGGAUUGUUCCAACGGACAGAGACUUCCCUCCGUUGGUUCCGCGUUCUCUUUUUCCAAAACGUUCUGCAGCACGGUUUAUCCGGAGUACCAGAGCUAUCAGGAUUAUCAGGAGUACCAGGACGACGUAUCAUUGCCUCUCGUCCUGCACAAUCAGACCGAGGAUCAGGGAUUCACCGGGCAAGCCGCGGACGAAUUCGAUCUCAGUUUAAUCCGAGGAGACCCCACAUCUCUAUUGUGCAACGUCGAGUCUCCUUCAUCGCCGUCGUCCACGUACUUGGAGGAACUCCAGGAUCCGUUCUCCAAUUUGAAUGGAUCGUAUCCUGUCGGACAUUUGGUCUCCGGUCAGCAGACUUCGAUUUCCGCCAUGAAUUUCGUCAACGAUGCCGCGUUGAGCGACGGUUUCGGGAACCAAGUCGUUUUACCCAGGGACGAAGGAUUGCUGUUGAACGAUAGAAGAGUUCCCACGUCCAAAGUCGCGGAUACGGAGAAACGGAGUUCGUCGCAUGACUGUUCAACGACGGACGACAACUUGACGUCUACGUACCAGUGCCGAUGGAUAGAUUGCGGCUACGCGUUCGCCGAACAGGAGGGGUUGGUUCGGCACAUCGAGAGAAGACACGUCGAGUCCUCGUCGUCGAACGCCCACGGACACGGACGACGGGUCCAGAGGGACCGGGACAGGGACAAAGACAAGGAGGGCGAGGCCCCUGGAACCGCACAGGACGAAUUCGCUUGCCUUUGGCAAGGGUGUCCGCGCGCUCGCCCCUUCAACGCGAGAUACAAGCUUCUGAUACAUAUGAGGGUACACAGUGGAGAGAAACCCAACAAAUGUCCGUUCACCGGAUGCAAGAAAGCGUUUUCGCGGUUGGAGAACUUGAAGAUACAUCAGAGAUCGCACACGGGAGAGAGACCUUACGCUUGUCAGCAUCGCGGCUGUUCCAAAGCAUUUAGCAACAGCAGCGAUCGCGCUAAGCAUCAGAGGACUCAUUAUGAUACGAAACCGUACGCGUGUCAGGUGAGCGGAUGCGGGAAGAGAUACACGGACCCGUCUAGCCUGAGGAAACACGUGAAGAAUCAUUCGGAGCCGAGCACGUCGCUCUCGAAUCUGUCCUUGGCAUCGGACAAGACAGCCAGCGUGGUCAGCAACACACGCCGCGAUCCAAUUUCCACUGGCUCUAGGCAGAAUCAGCGACAGCAGGCUCAGACAGCGAUCGCGUUCAGCGCGGAAUCGAAUUACCGGACGUAUAAGACUUCUGAGUCUUACGCGGACGAGGACGCGGACCUGUUCCAGACGAAUCUGUGUCAGAUCGAUAGGAUUUCCAUGAACCUUGACAGCAAUCAAGAGUACGUCCCGAUAGAGUCUGUGAAACGAUUUCUCAUCGACAGCAUAGGCGAGCCGUACGUGGACAAUGCAGGAUACCAGGUCGAGGAUGAGGUGCCAGAUUUCCAGGAGCUCGGCUCUGACAUUGAACAACAAUUUCUCGAGCUGAGCAACCUGGAUGACGCGGUUUUCAUCGAUGGUUAAAGGAAAAUCAAAGAGGGAGGAGAACCGGGAGGAACUCCGUGGCGAACGCCAUAUUUCCAAAGACUUGUUUCCAUUUUUUAUACUCGAUUUUAUAUAACUCGAUCACUUUAUAGAUAGAUAUAUUUUUGUACAUACACGAUUGUAUAUAUUAUGAUUAAAUAUGUGGUUUUGAUUAUCAA